AUGACAACUUCAUCUUCAAUUACCUAUUCAUAUUUAUCUCAAAAAAUUAUAGAUAGCAAAGCUCCUUCUGAAGAAAUAUUAGAUUCAUUAUCAGCCCAACAAAAAAUAGAAUCAUCAAAAAUUAAACUUUGGGAGCUUUGCCCAUGGCUACCAAAAACUUACUUUGCAAAAAUUAAAGCUGAUUUUACUUCACAUAUUGAAGCAAAUAAAAUCGCUGAGUCAACAACAUGGUCACAAUUAGGGUAUUCAGCUAGAGAAA